AUCACCUGUAUUUCAUGAAUGUUUCUAUCGAACACAGUGUUACUGAACGAUCCAUGGACCGGGAGCACUUAGUCGAAAAUCUUAGCUUGCAGCUUGCCGAAAUUGAAAUGCUGUCAAGUAUGUACCCUCGAAACGACGAAUUCAAACUCUUGGGCGCACAUGCUGUCAGCGAAUUCGGAGACUUUUUGGACGGAAAAAGUGAUGGAGUUGCGUCGUCUUUGGAUUUGAGCUUCACAAUUAGAACAGAAGUGGGCGCGAUAGACUUGGACGUUCAUUUGCCUCACAGCUAUCCUUCGGUGCCUCCGGAGAUCACGAUGAGAACUGAUUGCGUUGACAGAGCCACGCACACUGCCUUGAUGAAGGAAGCCCAGGAGUUCCUCGCCUCGCAGCCACCUGGGUCUCUAGUCGUGGGCGACACUGUCGACUGGAUCAGGGAAAACUUUCCGCGAUUCUGCGCCUCGCCAGUUGCCCAAGCGCCCGUCCUGAACGGCCAGCGUUUGUUUACAAGACUGUGGAUUGUAAGUCACCAUAUUUACAACAAGAACAAGCGAAAGCUCAUCCUCGAAUGUGGAAAGGAAGGCAGCUUGACAGGAUUUUGUCUCCCUGGAAAGCCCGGAAUAAUCUGCUACGAAGGCUCUUCGGAGGAGUGCCUGAAUGCCUGGUCGAUCAUAAAGAACCUGACAUGGAAAAAGAUAGGUCUAAAGCACCAGGAAGACAUGGAAGUAGCGGUCGGGCAAGAAAUCGGAGACUUUAGGAAGUUCCAGAAGUUUGCCGAGGUUGCCUUCAACGCUAAACAGAACGCCAGUAGGGACCACCACAUGGACAUGGGAGAAUUCGCAAAAUUCUUGAGUGAACACGGCUGUGAAAAUAUCUUCGAAGUGCUCUUCGGAAUAGAGGCUAAGAUUAGCAGUUAAUCUUGCAUGCUUGUUUUUCAUAUAAACGAUUGGUCCAGCAAUA